AUGGACGACCUCGACGAGCUUGCCGGCCUCCUAGGUCUGGACUCGUCGUCCGGUUCGUUCGAGCCUGCGAGCAAGUCGGAUCGGGCCAUGUUUUCGUUCUCGUCGUUUGGUGCAGGUGCGCGCGCACGUCCUAGCUCGGCUGUACCGGCCGGUAACCCGACUAGUGCCACACCAGGGGCGCGACAGAGCAACUCGCGCGGGAACGAGCUGGAUGAGCUCGCCCUGCUUGACGACGACGAUGACGAUGAUGAUGACCUUCUCGCCGACAUGGGCCUUGCCUCGCCACCAAAGUCAAAGCAGUCAUCGUUUGCACCGCGAAACUCGGCGGCGGCGGCGGCGGCGCCUGCGGCGGCUCCUGCGGCGGCUCCGGCAGGUGGCGCGGGGCGACUCGACUGGUCGUCGUUUGGCAAAGGCAAGACGGGAAGUGCGAGCAAGCCCGCGGCGCCGGCGCCAUCGGCAUACGACGAGUUUGAAGUCUCGCCGGCGUCGUCAACCCAGCUAACGCCCAAGUCGGCCGGCGUGGCGAACAACCCAGAGGCUUGGUACCACUGGCUUGGGCUCGACCCGUCAAACCCCGCCGACGCGCCGCUACUGUAUGUCGUCGACGUCGGCAUCGAGUCGGACCUGCCGUUCCCGUGGAAGGCCCAGGCCGACGGCACGUUUGUCAACUCGCUCUCGGGCGAGGUGCGCGAUGAGCAUCCGCUCGUCCCGAUUCUGCGCCAAAAGGUGGCGACCAUGCGCGCGUCAGCCGGCGCUCCUGGCGCUGCCUCGGGCACCGCAGGGUCAGGGAGCGCCGACAAGCCGGCAUCGGACGACGGCUCGUUCCCCGAGCUCUCGGACGACGAUACACAUCUUGCUCUGCCGGGCGCGUCGCCAGCAGCGCACAAGAGCUCGCCGCAGUCCACAGCCAAGCCAAACAUCUCGUACUCGACAUCACCCGUGUUUGCAGCGCGGACUGCGAUUGGCGCAGCAACGGCAGCAGCAGCCGGCGGCAUUGGUCCCGCAUCGCAGGCUGCCAUCAACGACCACCUCGGGACCAUCGCCGAGUUGCAGCGGGCGCUGGCCUACGAGCAAUCGCAGAACGCCAAACUCGAGCGCGAACUCGCGUACCUCAAGAACAGCCACGAGUCGCAUGUCGCCGCCAUCACUGCCGAACACGAAGCCAUGGUCUCGUCGCUGCGGGCGCGCCAUGCGCAAGAGGCCGAGCACGCUGCAGCCAUGCACAAGCAGGCGCUGCAGCAUGCCGAGUCGACACAUGCCACCGAGGUCCAGGCUGCGCAGCGUCAGUUUCAUGCCCAGAUGGACUCGAUGCGCAAGCUGCAUGAAGCCGAGCUGGAGGCCAUGCGCCGUCGCGAGGUCCAGGCAUCAGAGCUCUCGUCGCUCGUGAGCAAGGUCUCGGCGUCGUCGGCGUCGAUCGACUCGUUGACCAAGCAUGUCUCGACCGACGCUGCCCUCGCGCUCGACGCCCUCAAGGCUGAGCGCGAGCGGGUCGAGUCGGAGCGACGGGCGCUCGAGUCGGAGCGAAGCCAACUUCGCGAAUUGUAUGCAACGCUUGGCAACGCGCCGCCCGAUCCGGAUAGUGAGGCCUCGAGCGGCCGCGCCCAGUCGCUGGUGGCUUGGGAAAAGUCGCUGCGCGAGAAGGAGCUGGCGCUCAAGGAGGCCGAGGCACGGAGCAAGGACGAGCUGGCAUCGGAGCGAACUCAACUGAUGCGCGAGAAAGAGGCUAUGCUCAAUGAGAAGGAGCUCUGGCUGGCGCAGGUGUCAGAAGAAAAACGCGCGCUCGCCCGCGAGUCGGCGUCGCUGGCCGACGCCCAGGCUGCAGCCCAGGACGCCAUGAACGCCGCCGCUCGCAAGGUUCAGGACAUGGAGGCCCAGCUCGAGCGCGAGUUUGGUGCCAUCGCCAACGAUCGCGACACGCUCCGUGGCGCACAGGCCCAGCUCGAAGCCAAGGAGGAAGAACUUGACACCGCCUCUCGCCGGCUUGACGACGAGCGUGCCGAGCUCGCCGCUCUCCGCGACCAGCUUGCCGCCCGCGAGAGCCGCCUCGACGACGCCGCGGGUCAAGUUGCCAAGCAAAACACGGCGCUUGCCGACGAGCGCGCCGAACUCACUCGUCGCGCCACCCAGCUAACGACCAAGGAGACCGAGCUUGCAGCUGCCAAGGCCGCGCUCACAGACAAGGAGGCACAUCUUGCCGACCAGCAGCGCCGGCUCGAGCAGGAGCGCGUCGACAUUGCACGCGAGCGCUCGACGCUCACCGACGAGAAGAUCGCGCUCUCGCGUGAAGCCUCGGCCGCGCACGCCGAGCGCGUCCUACAGCCGGUCUCGGUCAACAGCUCGCCGCACCUUUACUAUCCGCACGCCGCGCAGGCGCAGAUCCACGUUCCUGCACAACAGAACGCGCCGCCGCCGCCGCCGCCGCGCCGCACCGCCACUCAGGCCUUCUCCUUCCUCGCCAAGGAACUCUCCAAGUGGGACCGCGAAUCGGCACAGGCCUCGAUCGAGCUCGAUGCGCAGCGCAAGUACGUGCUCGGGCUGAAGCACAAGCAGUCUCGCGCCCUGGCGACGGCUGCAUCAGUCACCGCGGCGGUGCCGCGCCCGCGGCCAGCGGCAUCCUACCCCAUCACCAGCUAUCCGGCGGCAGCCUACCCGGCAGCAGCCGAGGCGAACGAGUCGAUCGAGGCAUCGUCGUUCAUGCCACUGGUCCAGCUCUCGUCUAUGUCGACGGCGUUUGACCCGUCGGGCAUGCAGACUCCGUACCAUGCACGGACUGCCCCAGUCGGCGCGUCGUCGACGCUCAAGGGCGCGCGCCAGCCGCCGGAGCCGCUUGAUGGUGCCAUCUCUGACGAUGGCUCUCAGUAA